AUUUCUUCAUGUAUGUACAUAUCGAUGUAUAACAAAAACUAUAUACCUAAUCUAAUAUUUUCGCUGUAAACGAUGGUCCUAUUGUAUUUCGUGAGUCAUAUCUAGGUAGGUACUUGUGAUAAUGAUAACAGCAGGUGAUAACACUGAUAAACUAAGUCGCCAUCUUGCAUUUCAGUAUUCCGUUUACUACGAAGCGUUGUUAAUGUGUUAAAAAGUUAUUUAAAAUAUAAAAAAAUAGUGAUUAAUGUUUUAAUUAAUUGAGAAGACGGAGAAAGAAGGAAACAUGAGUCGGCGCAUGCUAGCGUGUGUCAUUGUGGGUUUUCUUGCAGUUGCAGUGACCUGUGAUGAAGCAACAAAUGCUACUGAUGUUGUUGCUACUACCACACGGAAACCAAUCCCUUAUCAAGAUUCAAACAUCUGCAAACUGUGCAAAUGUGAGGACACCAAAGUAGACUGCUAUGAUCAGAGCAUCACGACUUUCUUCACGAAGAAGGAAUGGGAAGACAUAAUCGACUUAAAACCAUCAACAGUGGAUUUGAGCGAAAAUCGCUUCGUUAACAUCACAGUGAUAGCUGAUUUGACUAUAGAAGUGCUAAAUUUGUCUCGAUGCAACAUCGAGUUUAUUGAAAAUGGCAGUUUUCGGGAUUUGCAAGAGAUGAGAGUGCUAGAUUUGAGCCACAACAAGCUUACAUCAAGCAAUCUGAGCCCACACGCUUUUGAGGGUCGUUUCGCUCCCGAAGAAUAUGAACCCUUGGCGUCGAUGAGAAUUCUGAAUUUGGCCUACAAUGAUCUUCAUUCCCUGAACCAAGAUCUAUUCGAACAUAUGCCAGAGUUAGAAGAGCUAGACUUGAGUGGAAAUCCUUUGACAACCAUAGACCAUGUUACGCUGGUCGCUAUUUCCAGUUUGCCGAUGUUAAAGGUUUUAAGAAUGCGUUCUUGUGAAUUGGAUGAGAUUCCAAGCAAAUUCCUGCAUACGCCACUCUAUUUGGAGAAUUUGGACCUCAGUGACAACAAGCUGACAGCUGUCCCACAAGAAUUAGAAGAAGCUAAAAAUUUGGUCUACUUGAAUUUGAACCAGAACCCGAUUUCGCAACUUGACAUGAACUCCGAGGACAAUCCUGGUUUCCCUCGACUUCGCAAACUGAAAGAGCUGCAUAUGUGCAAUAUGCCAAAAUUGAGGAGCAUUGGUCCGAAGGCUCUAGCCGGACUCGAGAGCGUCGAAAAACUCCACAUUAGCUUCAACCCAUCUUUGAGUUACCUGGACCCUAAGGCCCUGGCUCGGCCUGAUGAUAUCGGGGAGACCUUCGACUGGCCUUUGGUUAAGGAGCUCUAUUUGAAAUCCAACAACUUAUCAGAAGUGGACAGCCGUCUUCUCUCACGUUGGGACCUGCUGGAGAAGGUGGAUGUGUCUGACAAUCCUUACCUCUGCGACUGUUCCACUCAAUGGAUGGUAGAUGUCCUGGCUCCUAUUGUUGACAGCAAAGGUUCUAAUGCUACUUUUAUGGUAUGUCAAGAACCUAUUGAGAUGCGAGGCCAUACUAUGAAAGACCUACAUGAUUCUCACAGGACCAUGCGCUGCGUCGACAAAUAUGGUCACAGACCCGAGAAAGAUGGCGCUAUCCUGCUCGGCACUCUUAUUGGAGUUCUUCUAGCAGUUCCAAUCAUGUUGAGCUUGAUGCUGCUCUGGCGUCGUGGUUACUUCGCCUGGCUAGGCCUUCGCCCUCCUCAAGACGUCUCUAGGGCUUUCUACAAGAGAGCACCCGCCGAUGACAUCCUUUACUAAGUCUUUGGCUCUUAGACUAUCAUCUUUUGUAAAUGAUAGUCAAAGAGUCCAAUCCAAAAGUGUGUUACCAUCUUUUUUUUGUAUUUAAUUUUAGAUUUUAUAUGUGUUAAUUAAAUUAAUUAAGUAAUAAUUAAAUAUUUUUUUGUUAAGUA